CUCUGCCCGCGCAGCCCCAAGUUUCGAGCUGACCGUCCCGGCCUCCGGAUAAAGUUACGCCAAGGCUCCCAUUGACUGUAAGGGAGGAAGGCGGGUCUGAGCUCGUGUCCUGUGCCGGCCGAGGGGAGUUUCCAAACUUUGCAGCCAGAGAGCUCGGGUUCCCUUUCCAGAUCCCUUGUUUCCUCCCUCAGCCAUCCCGGAGUUCCAGCCUGCUGCCUGCCCGCCCCGUGGGCUCGCCUCGCCUGCCAAGGGAGGGAAGAAAGGAGACAGGAAGGGAAGGAACCAGCUCGCUCAGCCCAGGGAUGCGGGCAAUCCCCGCUGCAGCGCGAGCUCCCAUGAGGGCGAGCUCCCCCGCCCCUUCAAACUCCGGGCUCUGAGCGCCCUCCAAAGCCCGGGCCCAGCCCGGCUAGGCACGAUGGCCAAGGAGAAGCCGCUGUGGAGGUGCUGCGCCUUCCGCCUGUGCCUGCUCUCCGCCGCGCUCCUCUUCUGCCUGCAGCUCACCCUGGAACUGAGGCGCUCCUGGUCCUCAAGGGACCGCAGCGAGGCGCAGGCCAGACGGCCCUCCGGUAGCUCCCCGCCGGGCUGGGCCAAUGCCCCUGCGCUGCCGCAGCUGCUGCCAGGGGUGCACCCGCCUCCGGGGGUGCACCUGCCACCGGGACAUUCCCGGCCCCCAGCUGCCAGCAGGAGGCAGGUGACCUACUUAAGGAGCAGCCGUCGAGGGGAGGCGGAGCUGGGCUGCUGCCCCCCAGGAGGGAGCAGCCACAGAAAGGCCCACAACGAGCUAAUUACUGUUUAUUGGAGAAAGGUCCAGGUCAUCAGAUUCCUGGGGGAGCUUUGCACCUGGAUGUGGGGAUUUUCAAGUGGUAUAGACCUGAAAAAGAAAGAAAAAAGAGGAAGAGCUAUAGGGGACAAAGAAAAGGAAACAAUAUGUGAGAAACAGCAUGGAGAGUUCCGUUGGCAUAUUGAUCUCCAGCCUUGGGCAAGUCCUUCUCAGUCCCUGGAUGAAGAAGCCAUGAGGUUCCUGAAAUAUAUUGGCACCACCCAGAUUUCAUGCAACCACUUGAUCCCAAGUGGCUUGAAAAGUGAUUCUGGAAGCACAAAGAAGCCCUGGCCAAUCUGUCUUGAUGAGAAGUUCAGCUUGGCUCAUCAGAUCCACAACAAGAGAUGUCGCCUUUACUCUUUGGGACUGGGGAAUGAGGAUACUCAUUUCGAAUUGAGGAUGGCCAGUGAUGGAUGCGAAGUGCACCGUUUUGAUCCUAGUAUUAAAUCAGCUCACGUCCAGGAGAGUCAACACCUUUGGUUUCAUCGACUGUCCAUUGAUUGGAGGGAUCCCCAUCCAGCCAUUGCUGUCCACAAGCUGCAGAGUACCACGAAAAAAUUGGGAACCAUUUUGAAUGAAUUUGGACAUAACAAGAUUGAUGUCCUCAAGGCCGACCUGGAAAGUGCUGAAUGGAAAAUUCUGGAAAAUCUGAUCCUGGAAGGUGUCCUUGACCAGAUUGGACAGCUAGUGUUUGAAAUCCACCUCCACUGGCCUGGGUUUGAGAUUGGUGGCAACGAUAGCUCUGUGGUACGCUUCUGGUACAGCCUACUCAAAGAAUUAGAACGGAAGGAUUUCAGGCUCUUUUACACUUACAAAGACUUAUCCAAACCACAGCUAUUCCUAAAGAAAGAACUUUUCAAUGCAAGUAGCUGUUAUAUUCUCAGCUGGGUGAACAUGAGAUGGAAAUGAGAUGCGAAGAGGGUUCAUGAGAAUAAAUGAGUUGUUGAUAGUAAGAUUUGAAACAAGUAUUUAGUUAAUUAAUGAGAUAUCCAGGACCUACGAGAGGCAGACACUUGGUGAAGAGCUGAGGUGUCAAAUACGGCCAACGACACUCACUAGUGCAGCCUUGAACCAGAUUAAAAUGUGGGAAAUAUUUUACAAAAAUAAAUAAAAAUAAAAUAAAACAUAUAUAACAUGACAUUUUAAAACUAAAUCAAUAUGCGGUCUACUGGGAUCCUUAUGUAUGAAUUAGUGGCCCUCAUUUGUACUUGAGUUUGACACCUCUGGUGUAGUGGAUAAAAAGCUGGACAUGGAGUCAGGAAGAUGUGGAUUUAAAUCAUGCCUCUGACCUGUGACCUUAGGUAAGUCACUCUCUGAGACUGUUAUUGGUUUUUUAGGUUUUUAAAAAUCUCUCUAAUGGGACUAAGAAUGUCUACCUCAUGGGGUUUAAGUGUAAAACACUUUGACUCUUGUAAAGUGCCAUAUAAUUGUCAUAUUAUAAUUACCAAGAGGCAGCACGUAAUAAUGGAUAGAGAACUGGCACAGGAAGCAGGAAGACUUGGUUCAAAUCCUGCUCCUGCCACAUACUGGCCUUGUGACCCUAGGCAACUCAUUUAACCUCUGAAUCCUUAGGAGAUUCCUUGAGAUUGUAAAUUGCAGAGAAAGUGAUGACCUGUAUUAGUAGAAGGAAUUUUCUUAUUUAGGAGUUCCCUAUAUCAGUGAAAUCACCAGUCUUCUCACUAUCCUUAUUAUUAUCAUGACAAUAGCCACAUCAUGUCAGAUCCAUGGUUGGCAAGCCUUCUGUGUUGGAAUGAGAGGCACCAUGGCAUGUGUUGCAAGGGGGCUGGGUUGACUUCAGAGGUUUAGGAUGUAGCCCCCCCACACACACACACUAAUAUCCUGUUUUCCCUGAAUAACUUAUCCAGAUCUAUCACUCCAAUGUACCUAAACUCUUUGGAAUCUUACUGGGUUCAAAUUUUGCCUCUCUCUGUGUCCCCCCCCCCAUCCGUAUCCUUCAUGAUAUAUGCAUUAUGUCAGUCUCUUGGCUUUGACUGAUCUUGUGCUCUUUAUCUACACGCCUAGGACGAGUACUUUCAGGAAAUAAUCUGGGGACUUAAUGAUGCCCAGGUAUUGCAUAAGCAUUUUACUCUAUGCUUUAAAAUGGGGAGACUAACAUGCUUAGGCUAUUGAGAAUCGUCAGCUCUGAUACAGAUUUCUUCUCAUAUCUUCAUCGUCCUAAUCACUGACAUUAAUAUAGCUCUAAUAUGAGUAUUGGCCAAAGUACUUGGAAAACAUAAUCCCAUUUGAGUCUUACAACAACUCUGUGGGAUAGAUGUGGUUAUCCCCCAUUUUAUUGCUAAGGACAGUCUUAGAGAAUUUAAGGGACUUGCUAUGGGUCACACACUGGUAAGUAUCUGAGGUAAAAUUCAAAGCCAGGUGUUGUUGGCUAAUUCCAGUGCCCUGUCACAUGUUCCCAAAUGCCUGUCAUGGAACCCGUUCCACUCCCAUAAAACCAAACACAAGGCCCAGUUCAGUUGUCAGUCAAGGAACAAGAAUUUCCCAAGUGCUGAUUUUGUGUUAGGACUUGUACAAGGCACUAUACAC